AUGAGACUACUUUCUCAACCAGAAGCAGUUAUAGCUGUAUGGCUCUGUUGCGAGACUCGUAGCGUCAAAGGCACGUUUCUUGUUGCGUGUAUCAUGUGUGUGUUGUUACGAGUUGUUGCGAGUUGCGGAGGUCGUCUAUUUGUCGACAUCUACAAGUUCGCGCCGAGCUGCGAGUUGGCGAGCGAUGAGCUGUGGACUUGCAACUUUGAUCGCUGCAUCCGACCGAUA